CUCGAGCGUAAAAAAAUAGUUCACGAGAUGCCUUCUCUAAAGAAACCAGUGUAUACAUAACUGCGCCCGAUUUCCUUGUUGUGGAAAUGCGCGAAAGAAAAGACACCAGCAACCAGUAUUCGGUGCAAGUCGUAAACAAUGAAACAAAUUUAAAAUUAAAGUCAGAUUGUUCUCAUGUGCUGCAUUUCUUGCAGUAACUACAUUUAAUGAGCAAAUCUAAAUAAAGUGCUUCAGAAUGGCUUCAAGUUCAGGUACUAUAAAGUGUUCAUUUAAAAGUGUGUCCAUCGUUCCAAAAAAAAGUAACCAACAAGAUGCCAUCCGAAUAUUCAAAAUCGAUACAAAGACUGGAAAAAUGAUACUUUACGAAGAUCAACUGCAGUUACUAAAAAGCGAUAAGUUCAAGGAUUACAAAGUUUGCGUCAUUUCAGUCAAUGGAAGUUACAGAACCGGCAAAUCUUUUCUUCUCAAUUUCUUUCUGCAUUGUCUUAAGAAGAAGUGCCAAAGUGUACAACGAGAAUGGAUGGAUGUUAACGACACCCUGACUCGUGGAUUUUUUUGGGAAAAAAGUGCGCAGAGAGUUACAGAUGGUAUACUUAUAUAUCCCGAAAUAUUUUUAACGAAAACAAAAGAAGGCGAAAAAAUCGCUAUAAUUUUGAUGGAUACUCAAGGAACGUCUGAUCAUCAAACCUCUUACGCUGAGUGCACUAAGAUUUUUGCCCUUAGUGCAUUAAUUAGCUCAGUUCACAUUUACAACAUCCAGAAUAAACUUGAUUUAGAGCAGCUUGGAGUUCUACAAUUAUUUGCGGGAUAUGGAGCGAUGUUUAGCGACAACGAAAAGAAACCUUUCCAAGAUUUGUACAUUCUGGUUCGAGAUUGGGUAAAUUUUGAAGAAUAUGAUUUUGGUUUUGAGGGCGGCAAGGAAUUAUUAACUUCUACCUUCAAAGCACAUCAACAAUCCAACCUAAGUGUAAUACAAAAAACUAUUAAAGAUAAUUUUGAGAAAGUCCAGUGCUUUUUGAUGCCAAAGCCUGGAAAUCAAGUUGAGACAAAGGGAUUUAAAGGCAAUUUUAAUGAUAUUAGGAAAAUAUUUCGCAAUCAUGUGAAAACCUUUGUUGAAAAACUUUUAACCUGUAAGAAUUUGGUACCGAAAAAAAUCAAUAAUAAUUUCGUUACGGUCGAGGAGCUAUUUAGAUUUAUUGAUGGUUACUGGAGAUGUAUUAAUGAAACUGAAGAGUUGUGCACUGAAUCAAUUUACAUGGCAACUGCUGAGAUUUCUCUUCAACAUCUCGUGAAUAGAAAGGUAGACGAAUACAAGAAGCGUUUAGGCAGCUGUACAGAUCUAACACAAGCUGAAAAUGAAGAAAGUAAAAUUCUGAAAGAAUUUGAAAAGGCACGGGAGAUGAAGUUGGGCACAAAAAAAUUGCGAGGAAGUUUUAAACAACAACUUGUAGAGCUGCUUGAUGCACUAUUCAAUGAGUUUCACACAAUUUUAGACUAUGAAGAUGAACUAGGAAACGAAUAUAUCGAGCAGCUACAAGAAUGUUCAACUUUAGAGCAGGCCGAAAAGAUAAAGCAUCGAAUUUUGAAGAAAUUCCUGAAAAUGCUCAAAAGUUUUAACUACCUAAACGGGGCACAAGAAGUACCUAAGCAACGGUUAACAGGACUGCUUGAUAAUGUGUAUACAGAUUUUCUCAUGCUUUUCGACCAUGUGAUUGAAUUAAAAAUGGAAUACAUAGAACACGUUAAGGAAUGUAUAACUUUAAAGCAGACCUCGAAAGUAAAGGAGACAAUUCUGAAGAAAUUUCUGUACAAUACCAAAAACAUGGAUUGCAACGAACAAUUGCGAGACUGUUUUAAGCAGCGGUUAACCAAACUGCUCGAUAAAAUGUGUAAGAAGUUUUACACACUUUUUGAUCUCAUGAAUCAGUUAAUAGAGAAAUACACAAAAGCUGUCAAAAAAUGUCGAACUUUAAAGCAAGCCCAGGAAGUGAUGAGUGAAAUUUUGGGUGAAUUUCAAGAAAAAGGCGAGGACAUACAUUGUGGGAAGGAACUACUUGAUAAUUUCAAGCGACGGUUAAGUGUACAACUUGAUAAGGUGUAUAAUGAUUUUCAUAUACUUUUCGAUCAUGUAAAUCAACUAAUAGAGGAAUACUCCGAACGCGUUAAAGGAUUUAGAACUUUGGAGGAAGCCCAGGCAGAGAUACAGAUAAUUUUGGUGACGAUUGAGGAAGAGAAUUUGAACUGUGAGAAAGAAUUACGACAUCAUUUUAAGAAGCGCCUAAAAGCAUCGCUUGAUAAGGUAUGCGAUGAUUUUCGCAUACUUUUCAACCAUGUAAAUCAACUAACAGACAAGUACUUCAACCUUGUGAAAGAAUGUAGAACUUUAGAAGACGUCCAGGGAAGGAUUAAGAGAAUUUUGGUGACAUUUGAAGAAGAGACCUUGAACUGCGACAAGGAAUUACGAAAUCAGCUGAAGCAGCGCCUAAGUACACCACUUGAUAACGGAUAUAAUGAUUUUCGCAUACCUUUCAACCAUGCAAAUCAACUAAAAGAGGAAUAUUCAAAACAUGUUGAAGAAUGCAGAACUUUAAAGCAAGCCCAGAAAAAGAAGAAGAGAAUUUUGGAGACAUUUGAAGAAGAGAAUUUAAGCUGUGAUAAUGAAUUACGAGAUCAGUUUAAGCAGCGUUUAAAUGCAUUUCUUGAUAAGGUUUAUGAUGGUUUUUGUCUACAUUCCAAUCAUGUAAAUCAACUAAUAAACGAAUACUCGGAAUGCGUUAAAAAAUACAGAACUUUAGAGGAAGCCGAGGUAGAGAGGCAGAGAAUUUUGGUGACAUUUGAAGAAGAGAACUUGAACGGCGAGAAGGAAUUAGGAGAUCAUUUUAAGAAGCGCCUAAAUGCACCACUUGAUAAAGUGUAUAAAGAUUUUCGUAUACUUUUCAACCAUGUAAAUCAACUAGUAGAGGAAUACUCCGAACGCGUUAAAGGAUGUAGUACUUUAGAGGAAGCCGAAGAAGAGAGGCAGAGAAUUUUGAAGACCGUGGAAGAAGAGAACUUGAACUGCGAUAUUGAAUUAAGAGAUCAUUUUAAGCAGCGCCUAAAUGAAGCACUUCAUAAGGUGUAUAGUAAUUUUCGCAUACCUUGCGUCUAUGUCAAUGAACUGAUAGUUGAAUACUCCACGCUUGUUAAAGAAUGCAGAACUUUAGCAGAUGCGAAGGAAAAGAUGCAGGGAAUUGUGGUGACAUUUGAAAAAAAGAAGUUGAACUGCGAGGAUGAAUUGCGAAACAUAUUUGGGGAAUAUUUGACGGAAGAAUGUUCCCAGAUAUAUGAAAAUAACAAAACUGAAAUUGAAAUGAGCCAUGUCAAUGAUGUUUCUGAAGGUAUUGGUAAAUGGACUUCAAACAUUUUAGGAGCAGCUGGGGGAGUUUUUGGUGGAAUAAGAGGCAGCCCCGCGUUGGGUAGUUUACUGUCAGGAGCCGGUAAAGCUGUGGGAGAUGGACUCGGUGCAGGUGCACGUGGAAUUGGAACACUCAUAGUUAAAGGAAAAAACACGGAUAAUAAUAAUCCUGAAUAACCUUCGUAUUCUAGUCAUAAGACAUAAAAUAAUAUUUCACAGCUUUUUUAAUUUGUGAAAUUUGUUAUAUUAUCUCACAUAUUAUUAAACCGUUUACUACACAUUAGAUCACAGA